AUGACCACGCCGAUCGUCAAAUGCGCAACCUGCGUCCGCAACAAAAAAGCGAAGCCCUUCGUCGCCCUGAUCAAGUUCCUCGACCAGCCAGGGCUCAAGCUACGCCUUCGACGUGGAUGGGUGUCCGAGGCGGCCGUCAAGCUGCCGGAAUGUUCCGUUUGCGAAGAGGACCUCAAUACCACUGCGCGCGCAUUUUACCACGGAUGCGGCCAGAUUCGUUGCUACAAAUGCAAGGAGGCUGGCACGGAGUGCUAUGCAGAACGGCAAGAUGAUGCCUUGCAAAACCAACCACACGUUCCGCAGGAGCUGAACAACAACUCGCAGGAGACGGAUCCGGACGUUAAAGGGAUCCAGGAUGAAUCCGGAAAUGAAAGCGGUGAUGAGUAUUCGGACGCUCAGCCGAUCAUCAAGUCCGCCGACAACGACACAACGUCUCCCCACAAUGACAACUCACUGUCCGUCGAUGGCGGCGAUCUGUGUGGUGCUGACGACCCUCGCUGGUACCGUUGCGACGUCCUGACGCAGUUUUUUGAAACGUACUUCAUGGGAGUCGGCGCCAGGCAAGAGGAGAACGACGCCCGUGCUCGCGAGAAGAAAGGUUUCCUGAAGGUGUGCGAGACGUGUGACGCGGAAGAGCCGGUGGACAACAUGCUGUACUGCAACGAGUGUAAGCAAACGAUUUGCGGGGUGUGCUGCCAUGAUGCCCACUCGCAUCACGACGCCGUCAAGCUGUUCAAGAGCGAGCUGAAGAAGCUGGUGUGGGCCAGGAACAAGGACCUCGACGACGAGCUUAGCCACCUGCCAGAGGAGGCGGAGAGGCUCCAUACAGGAUUCGAAGCUGCCCUCAGGAAAUUUAUGGCCGCUGGUAGGAAGCGCGCCCGGCAGCUGCAAGCCAUGGAUCGUUUUGUGCCGGCCAAGCGCUCAUCUAACAUAAUCGAAAAAUUUGUGGAUGAAGCUGUCCAGAUCUGGAAGCGCCAUAAAGAGUGCACCGAGGAAUUUACGGACAUAAUGAAGAAGAGGACGCGCGAGUUGGACCCGGAGGAUCGCCCGACGACCUCGCGAGCCUCGCAGCGCCAC